AUUCCACCAGAAGAAGAGGAUCAUAAAUUGCCAAUGAAGAAAAGGAGUUCAUCUUUUUAUAUUGAAGAAAAUAAGGAACCAGUUGAUGUCUCAAAGGUAGACUUGUCUUCUGUGAAUUUGGCUGUUGGGCAAAUGUAUGAUACAAAGGAGCACCUAAAAACACGUUUGAAGAUACUAACCUUGGUUCAAAGGUUUGAUUAUUAUGUUUACAAAUCGAGACCAACAUUAUUGAUUGUAAAGUGUUGGGUUAAAGGAUGCAAGUGGAGGGUAACAGCUGCAACAUUAAGACACUUUCCAAAGUUUGAGGUGCGUGUGUUUAUUUCAGCACAUACAUGUUCAGUAACAGAGCGCUCUAUGCGUGCCCGACAAGCAGAUCAUCAUAUUCUAGGAGAGUUGUACAAAGAUUUUGUUGGUGGAGUUGGUCCCAAGAUGGAUUAUUGGAAAGCAUAUCGAACGUUAAGGCAUGCUCGCAAGUUGGUCAGGGGUAGUCCAGAGAGUGGUUAUGAGCAGCUUCCUACAUAUUUGUAUAUGAUAAAAAGGGCAAAUCCUGGAACUUUUACACAGCUUGAUGUUGAUGAAGCUCAAAGAUUUAAGUACUGUUUUCUAGCAUUUGGUGCAAGCAUACAGGGAUUUCCGUUUUUGAGGAAAGUGGUUGUUGUGGAUGGUACUUUUUUACAGGGAAAAUACUUAGGGACACUACUGACAGCAACAGCUCAAGAUGGCAAUUUUCAGAUUUUUCCUAUUGCUUUCGCCGUGGUUGAUACAGAGAAUGAUGAAUCAUGGGAAUGGUUUUUCAAGCAACUCAGCUGUGUGAUACCAGAUGAUGAAAGCCUUUCCAUUAUUUCUGAUAGGCAUCAAUCAAUUGGGAAAGCUAUUAAAAAGGUCUAUCCAAAGUCUAGUAGGGGAAUAUGUACAUACCAUAUGUACAAGAAUAUUUUGGUCCGGUUUAAAGGUCGAGCAGAAUUCGCUUUGGUUAAAAAGGCGGCGAAUGCUUUUAGACUUAUCGACUUUCAAACCACAUUUGAUCAGAUAGAAGCCAUGAAUCCAGCACUACAUGAGUACCUCGUGAGGGCUGAUGUGCGUAUGUGGACUCGUGUACAUUUCCCAGGUGAUAGGUACAACUUGCUUACAAGCAACAUUGCAGAAUCAAUGAAUAAGGUCAUGUCACAUGCUAGGAGCUUUCCUAUUGUACAACUGUUGGAAGAAAUAAGGUCUGUGAUGACUAGGUGGUUUUCUGAUAGAAGGACUGAUGCAUUGAAGAUGACAACAGACUUGACUCGUGGUGUAGAGAAAAUUCUCCAGGGUCGUGUGGACUAUGCUAAGUUACUUACUGUCCAAGAUAUCGAUGCACACCAAGUACAAGUAACAAGUGGAACAUCUCUGCAUGUUGUCAAUUUGAAAGAUAAAAAGUGUACGUGUUGCACGUUUGACUUGGAGAGACUCCCUUGUGCACAUGCAAUUGCGGCCGGUGAAUUCAGAAACAUUUCUCGCAUUUCAAUGAGUCAUCCUUAUUAUCGCAAACACUACGUUUACGCUUCCUACGAGAAUGCCAUCAUGCCAAGGGCGCUUGAUAAAUCUGUUCCUGGACAUGUGAUAACGAAGGUAUGUAGACCACCGAUUCCAAAACAACAACCAGGUAGACCAAAGAAUUCAAGAAUCAAAUCGGCAUUGGAAAUUGCAAUGGAAAAGAAGAAGCCAAGAAAACAAUACACAUGUGGUAAUUGCAACCAAGUAGGACAUAAUCGCAAGACAUGUACUCUAUAAU